AUGAGGUGCGAAUGGUGCAACGAGGACCAUUGCGUCUGCUGCCUCUGCACGGUGUGCGGCGUGGGCGUUGCGCCAGGCAGCGCGAGGGUGUUGCAGUGUGCCACGUGCCGUUCCUUGAUGCACGCGACGUGUGCCCCGUCGGAGGACGUGCCGGUGUCGCAAACAUUUUACUGUUCCAUGCCGUGUCGCCUUGGCGUGACGGUUAACCGCAAUCCGGCGUUUAACGCAGUCCUCAGUGCUCGUCUGGAGCUGAAGUGUGAUCGCCUGUGGCAGGCGAUGGCGGCGACAGACGUAGUCGCCUACUACCACCUGCGCCACCGGAUGUGGGCGGAGUAUUUCGAACGAGAGAAGCAGCAGCUCCCAAUGUUCCCGCGUUGCCGCGAUGUGGCGGACGAUGUGCGGCUGCCCCUUUUGGAACUUCUCUCGCCGGAGGGACAGGCUGGGCUGCUGUGCACGCUGCACCCGCUCGACCAUCCGCUCGGCUCAGCCGUUGCGAUGCCGGCGCGGCGGGUCUGGCGUGUGCAGCGUGUGCAGCCUGGCAGCAACAGCGACUACGUGGCGGAGGCUGCAGAGGUGCUCUGCACAACCCGGCGAGGAUCGACGACGCCACGCCGAGACACCGACGUGUCGUGCACAGGGAGUAGGAGAGGAGCAAGUUAG